GUCGUGACUGUUCAGAACGAGCGAGAGAGGGUUUAAGUUUUGUCACUUCGCAUUAAUAAACGGUAGAUUAGUAUUGUGUUUGUUCCAGCGGAAAAGUCUACGGAGAAACUAAUUUGUCCAGUCAUUGCGUACGUAGGGCAUUUGGUUUGCUUAAAGAAGAGCUAGAGGAAGUUAAGGUUACCAUUCAAGUGCUGGUCGGUACCUCUUACGGGGCCGUAGCGUUUUGUUACAUACUUCCUACAGCUUCUUGGAUGUGUUGAAGGUGAAAUUACGAAGUGGCAUAGAAAUAGUGUAAAACGCAAUAUAAUUGGUGCUCGGAAAACACACAUUUCGUGGAAACGAUACAACGAAACACAGGGUUGCGAUCGGUUGCUUCAGUUUUAGCAUAAAUUAGAGAUUCAAUCGAAGGCUGCGUUCAAGACGGACACACGACUGGCUGUGGAAGAUAAGUGUAUAGAUUGAGUUCACGGUGCAUCAACAACGAAAAGCAGUCUUUCACUAUACGAUUUUAUCAAAGUGGGCCACUCACUGGAACGCUUGCGGGCAAAACUAGUACGAAACAACCGUCAGGAAUCGAACGAUGGCACAGUCACUUUCAACGGGGUCAUGUUCUGCGCUAAGCACGCUGACAGAAACAGAUACCAACACGUCGAACGUGGUUGAGGAAGAAAGCAGCGAUGGUAUCGAACAGACCCGAACCAAGCGGAACGAGCGUCACGAGAAGCUCGGAUUCAAACCGCAGAAGGAACUGUUUUGCAACAAAUUUCUACCGUACGCCGACAAGCUGGACGAUGAAUCACAGGCUAACCUGGAAAGCAUCAAGAACAAUCUGGGCAAGGUAGUUGCGAUGCGCGAGAUGGGGCCUGCUGUCAUGAUGAGCAUCCGGAACUUGGUGACCUACAUCAAACUGUAUGGCAUGAAAUUUUCCAAAGAGGACCACGUAAAGUUUGUGCAGCUGCUGCUGGAAAUGCUUGUUAUUCCCAAACUUGAUCCGGACGCGAUAAACAAGAUCAGCGAGGCUAUAUUCUUUCUGCUACGAAAGCGCGAAUGGUUGAGUACUGACGAUUUGCAGAUCGAAUGGAGACCGUUAUACGAUCUGUUUCAUUUGCUUGUAUCCCGUUUAAGCAAAAAAGGCGAACUGUUCAACACCACAUCGAAGAAUGAGAACGAAAACUCGCCGUUGGCAAUGUUGCUUGCCGCUGCUGCCGAGAGGAUGGGCUAUGAUGUGUCAACCGUGGCUCAGUACCUCGGUAUCGAGAUGGACGCCGAUGAACUGGAAAAAUCGUCCAUGGAAGGCAAUCUACAGUGUGCGAUACAGGUGUGUACACCUUACUUUCCACCAUCAGCUACGCAGGAAAUAUUGGACGAACUGCUGUCCAAACUGCAGCCGCUCGAUAAUGGAAGUGGAUGUGAGGUGAUCACCAUACUGAACAUCUUCCUCAACUAUGAGCAGGGAUAUGAGCUGUGGUUCGAUAAGCUUAUGGCCAUCUGGAACGGGUACCAUAAUCCACCGUGGGCGGGUGAUUUUAUGACGAUGUACGCGGUGGUUGGCAACAAGAACUUGGGUCACAUCGACUGGGAACCACACAUUCCGACCAUGUUUGCACGCAUUACACGCUCGAUCAAUUUUCCCGUCAACUACCGCAGUACGAAGGGUGGCCGAGCGAACGGCAUGCCACCGGAUGCUAUUGCAACGUGGAUUGUGUCGGCACUGGGCCCGCGUAGCAGUGCCCAGCAGUAUCUGAACACGUUCAUGUCCACGAUCGAGACGUAUCUGCAUCCGGCAAACAAUGGCAAAUGGGUGAAAAUGUUGGGCGAACUGUUAAACAUGUUACCCCGUUUCUUCAUCGAUCGGCUCGUGAUCGAGCGGUAUCGCAAAGGGCACCAUAUACGGCCCAUACCGAGCGAACACAAGCUCACCGACGAGUGUAUUACGGCGUUCGUCGAGUGCAUGAAACCGGUUGCCUUUCAGGCGAUGUAUUCGCGCCUUAAUGCGCAAGAGGUUGGUAAAAUCUUGCAAUGUUUGGCCGAUCUACGCCCGGCUCUGAUCAUUCCGAGCAUUAUCGAGCGUGUGUAUGCGAGUCUGGAUUCGCUGACGGAACCGCGCAAACUGACGGCGGCACUGCACGGUUUGAUCGGUGUAUCGAGAGCACUCGUUUCCGGUCACAACGGUUACACCGAGGGACGGACGCAUGUGAUACCGCUGUUUAUGGCCACCCUGCCCGGUAUCGAUGGUAAUGAUCAGAUGAAAACCGUCAUCACGUUCCACUUCCUGACGUCGAUAUCGUUCCUGAUACCGAUCAUCGAUUGUUCGCAGGCGGGACAGUAUCACACAAAUCUGACCGAUGACGAUCGGCUGCUGUGCGAACAGACGGCUGACUUUGAGAGCUUUACGCUGCAGUUUCUCGAUAGGUUGUUUUUGCUGAUCGAGAACAGCUCCACCAACAAUGUGCGCAUGGAACAAUCCGAUCUGGACACGGCACGUUCGAAGGCGGAAUCGCUGCUGGAACCGAUGGUGCAGACGUGCUUGCACGGCAUCCUUGGACAGGCCUCGGAAAAGAUUGUAGCAGCCGCUGCAAAGAAAGUGAUGGAGUUCGUCCGUACGCGCCUAUUCGAACCGAAUGUAGCCGGACAGCUGGUCGGUUGUCUGGUGCGAAUAUUUUCCCGCAUCCAUGGCAAGGAAGUGUUGCGCGUGCUGCUGCCCUAUGUCCUGCGCCAGAUAGAAGAGUACAUGGACGAGCACGAUGAUGUGGAGGAGCUGGAGAAGCACAACGACGAGAUGCUGUACUAUUUGGUGCUGUUGAUGAACCUGGUACGUGGAGAUCCGCUAGUGUUUCGGAACUACAUAGACGAUGUGCUACCGAUGCUCGACCGAUUGGCCCGGUUUAAGUGCAAACGUGUGGCACGCUACGUGUCGCAGAUUGUCGGCAAUAUUCUGAGCAACCUGUCAACGAUGCAAACCAUGGAUGUGCGCAACAGUCCCGACUGCUUCCAGAAGCCACUGUCGGAGGUUGUGCCGGUGCACAGAUGGGGAGAAAAGAUGGCAUCCGAUAGUAAGAUCGAGUGGCGCAUACCCGAUGAAACAUCACGGUUGGUCUGCGAGCGGAUAAUGCAUCGCUAUCUGCCGGCCUUGCUUGAAAAGCUUGAUCAACACAGUGCGGGUACGGUGACAUUGCCUCGGGAGGAACUGCAUCGGACCGUUAUGAUGGUGCAAGCGUUGAUACGAUGCUACAACUUUUUGCCCAACUGGACGGAUGAGGAACCGAUUGAACUGUUCGAAACGUGUGCGGAUAUAAGGGAGCUACAGCUGAAGGUGACGCUUGGUUUCGAGGGGUUGGAAAUUUGCAUGCCGAACGGUGAGAAUGUAAGAAAGGCUAUCAUAAGGACGAUUUCGCGCCUGCAGGAUCGCAUUUUGGAGGUGUCGGAGGAUGAUACGCAAACGCUCAAAGCGAUCAUUGCACUGUACGAGAAGGUGCUGCUAAGAAAGCACCCGAACGGAUCGCAUGAGAUGCAACUGAAAACGUUCAACUGUACCAAACGGUUUCAGACGUAUCAGUUGACACGUUGCAAGCGAGACGUCCGGGCGGUCGUGGUUUCGCGCGUUAUUAUUCAGCAGGACUGUAGGGACGAGAUGAACUUACCAUUGUUCAGUGCCACCCAUCUGGAGAUCAUGAAGAAGCUGCUCGAACUGUCCGUGUCCUAUUACGCGACGGUGCGUAUUGAUGCGCAGACCAAGCUGCACGAUAUGCUGUAUCUGUUCCCUUACGCCUAUCCGCUGCUGACGGAUCGGAUCGUACAGUGUUUGCAGCUGGACGCCGAACGGUAUCACGAGCAGGUCAAGGGUAUAUUGUGCCUGCUGUUCAUCAAACGUCGAGGUCGAUUGAUCACGCAAAACAAUUGGGAAUAUCUGGCCCGUAUUUGGCCGGCACUGUUGCGAUCGAAGCUGUCGGAAAAACCUUCGAUCGUGCGGUUAGUUGAUGGGCUGAAGAAGAUGAUAGACGGUCAAUCACCGACCUACCUAUUGGAGGUGGACAUUGGAGAAAAGGUAGUAGAACGGGCACUUGCUUUGCGGACACGUGCGGACGAGCUUGAUCUAGUGGCGGGACAGACAGCACGGGAGCGCGAAAACAAACGUAAUCUGACACUGUUCCAGCAGCUGGUAGCGGAUAUAGUGCAGACGGUUGAAACAAGUCGGUUACAUCUUCGGUACCACUAUCUCGCUUCGGUGAUGCUAAUCAACUUGUGUCACCCGUACGCGGAGCAUCCACCAGCAGUUACUCGGCUGGCCGUGCACCAUCUCAUACACGAUGCCGUCAUCGAGCGGAAACUAGCCAUACAGCUCCUUUUGAACAUAUUUCGCCAACAGAAGCGCCCACAAAUAAAGGUCGUUAUGAAUCCGCUCGAAAUUGUUGUCCGCAUCACGGCUGGACCGGAUGCCGGUGCUAUGGCGGGUGAAACGGUUCCCCCUAAUCCGGGUUCCAACGUUGCGCCCGGCUACCGGGAAGACAAUAUGUGGUUACAGUAUGACGUAGCGAAGGUACCGAGCAGUCAGGCCGAAUGGGAUGAACCGCGAUACAUGUACACGUCCGAGGGAUGUUUCGGAUGGACCAGGGGCUUCAAGAUUUAUGCGCCGAGCGCGGAGCAACCGAAGCUCAACCGUAGCGUGGACGAGAUGAACGAGCAUGAGCGUACGAUUUACGAGUUUUUCAACGACCAGCAGAAUGUGGACACGCUGAUACGGUUCUGGUCGCUGGAAGAGAAAAAGGGACGCGAUGAGUUUAGCAGCACACGGAUGUUACUUAUCAAGAUGCUGAUGAAGGUGUUCGGUGAUCAGUUGCUGGAUCGCUUGCUGGUUCAUAUGCCGCGGCUAAUUGAGGAGAACAAGGUUGAGAGCAAUCAUCGGUGUGUGGUGGAAGUGCUGACCGGUAUAAUGCGCGGUGCCAAACAUUGGCCGUACGAGAUGACGCGCGACAUGUACGCACGGGUGGUACCAUUGAUACGGCUCGGCAUGCAAAAGGUCACGGUCGAUACGGACAUGUACUGGGGCAUGUGCUUCGCAACCGCGGCCCAGUCCAUGGAUCCGUCGAAGCAGCACUGGCUGCACGAGGUGCUGCUGGAAGAUCCGCUGCGUGAUCUAAACAGCUUCAACGAUUGCAAUCGGUUGUACUGCUUGCAGGGUGCAUUCAAUCAGCACGUCUGGCGUAUGGCAAGCGUCGCACACCGGUUGCUGGACUAUCUAAAGCCCCAUCUAGACCAUCCGUUUCAGAACUUGCGCGAGCGGUUAGGCAACACGCUGAUCAACAUCUUUGAGGCGGAUCUUCGGUUCGAGGGCUACGAGCCGCGAGCGAUUUCACCACAGCGUAGCGAAAUGAUAGCGUUCGUCAUGCCAAAGCUUGCCAUCCUUCUGCAACAGGAUCCGGAAUCGCCGCGACCGAAGACGGAGAAUGUACAGAUGGAGGUAGAGGGUGGUUCGGCAAGUGUGGAAGGUGCAAAUGAAGACAGUGAAUAUGUAAAAGCGGUCCGAUUGUUUAAAACAAUUGCACACUGGAUCACGUACACCAUCCAUCGGUACUCGAACGGUAACGAGAAGGAAUACUUCGAGUUGCUACCGAUAGCUUGCCGCUUGGAGCAUUCCGAACAAGACCAAGAGUUAAGUGAAAUCUGCACAUUGCUGUUGGCUUUCAUAUCGCAGGCGUUAACACUGCCAAACUGCAUGGACGUCGCGCUGGCCAAGAUCGACGAGGUGUCCAAAAUGCCCUACUGGUCAGCCCGGCGUGCUGUGAUCGAUGUGCUGCAGGUACAAGUCUUCUACAAUAUGACCAUCAUCCUUAGCCGGCCCGAGUGGAAGGCGAAGGUGCAGGAGAUUGUGUUGCGGCUGCUCGGCGAUAGUGUGAUCGAGGUGCGCGAGAAGGCUGCGGAGGUGUUGGGCGGUUUGGUGCACUGUUCCUUCCUAACCGCCACCGAGGAGCUGCUGGAACUGUUUAAACGCAAAUGUCGCACGAAGAUCAUACGCACCAAGCGAAUCCGUAUGGAAACGGCACAAGCUUCCUGUUCGAGCGAGGUGGCUAAAAAUGAAAAUGCGGAAGCAAACGCCGUCCUAGCUCGGCAUACCGGAGUACUCGGUCUGUGUGCCUUUAUUUCCGCGUAUCCGUACGAAGUGCCUGAGUUUGUACCGAAUGUGUUUGAGCAUCUCGGUGCACAUCUAAACGAUCCACAACCAAUCCCGGCCACGAUCAGAAAAACGAUGGGCGAUUUCAAGCGCACCCAUCACGAUAACUGGGAAGUGCAUCAGCUAAAGUUCACCGAUGAUCAAUUGGCCGUGCUGAGCGAUCUUACGAUUCCACCUUCGUAUUACGCAUAAGGGGGAGAAAGAAAAACUCACAACAAUCGUGCAACUGUUUGUGUUCUUUUAUGCACCUGUUUUUGAAUGUAUGCCACUUUACGUUGCGUACUAUAAUUCAUUUCUAGUGUUAAGUAGCCAUCGGUACGGUGUGACGGAAAGUAUAUAUGGCAUGUUAUGUAGGUUUCCUUUUAAUUUUUUCCUCUGCACUUUAAUGCCUAGACGAGCAUUAGCCGUGCAAGUGGCGAAUUUGUGGAUUGGAAUAGUUCAUGCCCAAUGCCAAAUGGAGACUCGGCUAUAAUAUUCCACAUUCUAAAGCAGACAAGUUAACAACGUUUCAACUUCCCUUUUUAUUCCGUUGGCACUUUUGCGCAGCUGAGGGUGAUUGAAAUAGUUUGAAAUUUGUAGAAACUAGGCAGGAUAACAAAGAAGACGAUGCAGAUAUUCCAACCUUGAAGACACUCGUUCUCGUCGCGCAAAUCCAUUUAGCUUAGCUUUUAGAUUGUAUCAAAUAGGGGCUGGUUUUCAUAAGCAUAUUAAUUAAUCGUGACACGGCGCAGAUUUGUUUUAGUUAAAUUCAUAAUGUCGGUUUAUCAAUGGGAACGAUUGAGGUCGGUGGUAUUGAACCGUAUUGCGAUGAACUGUGAAGACAAUUGGUGAUGGAGAACCUGUAUAGAGGGUGUUCAAUAAAUAAGCAAUGAAUUUGAAUGCAGACAAAA